AUGGUUCGGAGAGUAAAGAGGAAAGGUCUCAUAAACACAGAAGCUGCAAGAGAGUUUCUCAAUCAUCUAGUUGCAGAGAGACAUUCGCUGUUGUUGCUGCUUCCUUUGGUCUUAGCUUUCUGGGCAAUAGAGAGAUGGGUCUUCGCUUUCUCCAAUUGGGUUCCUCUCGUUGUUGCUGUUUGGGCUUCUCUUCAGUAUGGAAGUUACCAAAGGGCAAUACUUGCAGAAGAUCUAACUAAGAAGUGGAGGCAAAACGUGUUCAAUGCGUCGACGAUAACUCCAUUGGAACAUUGCCAAUGGCUGAACAAAUUACUGUCUGAAAUUUGGCUAAACUUCAUGAACAAGAAACUCUCUCUAAGAUUUGCGUCUAUGGUAGAGAAACGAUUGAGGCAACGAAGAUCAAGACUAAUAGAAAAUAUACAAUUGGUGGAGUUUUCUCUUGGCUCCUGCCCUCCUUUGCUGGGACUCCACGGAACAUGUUGGUCGCAAUCAGGAGAACAGAACAUCAUGCGAUUAGAUUUUAACUGGGACACAACGGAUCUAAGUAUCCUGCUGCAAGCCAAGUUGUCCAAACCGUUUAACCGAACAGCAAGAAUCGUUGUCAACAGUCUUUGCAUCAAAGGCGAUAUUCUGAUCAGACCGACUCUUGAAGGAAGAGCACUACUCUAUUCCUUUGUAUCGAACCCUGAAGUUAGAAUCGGAGUUGCUUUCGGUGGUGGCGGUGGCCAAUCUCUUCCCGCGACAGAGCUUCCCGGCGUAUCCUCCUGGCUCGUCAAGAUCUUAACGGAAACGCUGAACAAGAAGAUGGUGGAGCCACGCCGGGGAUGUUUCUCGUUACCGGCGACUGAUCUUCACAAAACAGCCGUCGGAGGAAUCAUCUACGUAACCGUCGUCUCCGGUAGCAAUCUUCACCGCAGCGUGCUUCGUGGAAGCCCCUCGAGAAGUUCCGACAUUGGAGACGGUAGCAACGGAAACAGCGGCAGUAGCAGCAGCAGAGACAAACCUGUUCAGACAUUUGUGGAGGUCGAGCUCGAACAGCUGUCUCGAAGAACCGAGAUGAGAUCAGGACCGAAUCCAGCUUACCAGUCGACGUUUAAUAUGAUCUUACACGACAAUACAGGGACACUUAAAUUCAAUCUCUAUGAGAAUAAUCCUGGGAGUGUCAGAUACGACAGCCUCGCUAGCUGCGAAGUUAAGAUGAAAUACGUAAAUGAUGAUUCGACGAUGUUUUGGGCUUUUGGAUCUGAUAACGGUGUGAUUGCGAAACACGCCGAGUUCUGUGGUCAAGAAAUCGAGAUGGUUAUUCCGUUUGAAGGAGUUAGCUCCGGCGAGUUGACUGUGCGGCUACUUCUAAAAGAAUGGCAUUUCUCCGACGGCUCACAUAGCUUAAACAGUGUUCCUUCGAGUUCUUUACACUCACUAGACGGCUCGUCUAGCUUAUUCUCGAAAACCGGCCGGAAAAUAAUCGUCACGGUUCUGUCCGGAAGGAAUCUUGUUUCGAAAGACAAGACCGGAAAAUGCGACUCCUCUGUCAAGUUACAGUAUGGAAAGACUAUACAGAAGACGAAGACGGUGACCUCUGCAGAGUGUCUGUGGAACCAGAAAUUCGAGUUUGAGGAGUUAGCCGGAGAAGAAUAUCUAAAGGUGAAAUGCUAUAGAGAAGAGAUGCUUGGCACGGAGAACAUCGGUACAGCUACGUUGAGUCUUCAAGGAAUCAAUAACAGCGAAAUGCAUAUAUGGGUUCCUCUUGAAGAAGUUAGUUCUGGAGAAUUAGAGCUGUUGAUCGAAGCCGUUAGUCCCGAGUACAGCGAAGCGGAUUCUAGUAAAGGCUUGAUUGAAUUGGUUCUUGUUGAAGCGCGGGAUCUUGUGGCAGCGGAUCUUAGAGGAACAAGUGAUCCUUAUGUUAGGGUUCAAUAUGGAGAGAAGAAACAGAGGACUAAGGUGAUUUAUAAGACAUUGAAUCCGAAAUGGAACCAAACGAUGGAGUUCCCAGAUGAUGGGAGCUCAUUGGAGCUAUAUGUCAAAGACCACAACACUCUGCUUCCGACUUCAAGCAUCGGUAACUGCGUCGUGGAGUACCAACGGCUAAAGCCCAACGAAACCGCCGACAAGUGGAUACCUCUCCAAGGAGUGACACGUGGCGAGAUCCGUGUGAGAGUCACGAGGAAAGUCACAGAGGUUCCGAGACGCGCCAGCGCGGAUUCCGGCUCCCCGUUUAACAAAGCUUUGUUGCUGUCGAACCAGAUGAAGCAGGUGAUGAUAAAGUUUCAGAAUUUGAUCGACGAUGGAGAUCUUGAAGGUCUUGCUGAAGCUUUAGGUGAACUGGAGAGUUUGGAGGACGAACAAGAAGAGUAUCUGGUCCAGCUUCAGACAGAGCAAAUGCUGCUUAUCAACAAGAUCAAAGACCUUGGUAAAGAGAUUCUUAACUCGUCCCCGGUUCAAGCCCCGUCUCACUCGCCUUCCAGGUCAGGGUCGGGUUCGGGAGCAGGAUCCUAUACCCGGAGAUUACUACCGGCGCCGAUAUAG